AUGACCGAGGGAGGAAACAUUACCAAGAUCACCGAAUUCAUCCUCCUGGGAUUCUCAGAUUUCCCCAGAAUCACAGCACUGCUCUUCAUCAUAUUCCUGCUCAUCUACAUCACAGCUCUGACCUGGAACCUGUGCCUCAUUGUUUUAAUAAGGAUGGAUUCCCACCUCCAUACCCCCAUGUACUUCUUCCUCAGUAAUCUGUCCUUCAUAGACCUCUGCUAUGUCACCUCCACAGUCCCUAAAAUUCUCUUUAGUUUCUUCCAGGAAAAGCAAACUAUAAGCUUUGUGGGCUGUGCAGUUCAAUAUUUCUUCUUUUCAAUGCUGGCGGGAAGUGAAUCUUGCCUCAUGACAGCCAUGGCCUAUGACAGGUAUGCUGCCAUUUGUAAUCCUCUACUGCUCUAUGUAUCCAUCAUGUCACCCACCCUCUGUAUUCAGAUGGUGCUGGGAUCCUAUGUGGCAGGACUCACAGGUUCUUUAUCUCAGAUUUGUGCCGUGAUGCAGCUCCACUUCUGUGGACCUAAUAUCAUCAGGCACUUCUUCUGUGACAUAACCCAGCUUGUAAAUCUAUCCUGUAGAGGCAGUUUUGUUGUGCAAGUCCUGCUUGCAAUAUUAACAAUAUUGUUUGGAAUAGCUAAUGCCUUAGCUAUCAUUAUUUCCUAUGGCUAUAUUGUCUUGUCCAUCAUGAAGAUCAUGUCAACUAAAGGCAGGUCCAAGGCAUUCAACACCUGUGCAUCUCACCUGAUAGCUGUUUCCCUCUUCUAUACUUCUGGUGUCUUUGUCUAUUUGGGUUCCAGCUCUGGUGGCUCCUCCAGCUUUGACAGAUUUACAUCUGUCUUCUACACUGUGAUGAUUCCCAUGCUGAACCCCUUGAUUUACAGUCUGAGGAACAAGGAAAUCAAAGAUGCCAUGAAGAGGUUGCAGAGGAAGGCAGGCCACUGCUAA